AUGUAUUCCCACAUAUCAUGCUUACCACAGAAGUUCCUAGAUGAGCAACAACAACAAUCCGUGGGCACAGUGGCCUCGAUUUCCCAAGAAGCCCAAGCAUCUAUCAAGUUCCAACGCAACACCUUUGGGCAGGCCCAGACACCAUAUGGAAUCAGCGCACGAGAUGCAACGGACAUCACACAGCUCGCCCCCGCCGUCACCAACACAACAAGUACUAUCUUCGCCGUACGUGCUUUCACCGGCUCCUUCGCCGACACCAUCGGAGCGAUACCGGGCUCACCGGGCUCAAGAGCUCGAGAAAAAGGAAAGGAGGUUGAGGCUCGAGCGCGUAGAACGGAGGAAAGGAUUGAGGCUCGAACGCGUGAGACGCCAGAAGAGCGGGAGAAAAGGGAACGUGAAGAUAAGGAGUUCCAGAAGAACAGGCAUAGGAUUAGGGGGAGGGGAGGGACGACGUAUAUAGAGGGUCACCCGUGGGAUAUUGAUCUUUGGCAAAUAGACUCAGUGGGAGUGGAUUGGGUCUGA